UCUUAUGGAAAGUACUGUAUGGUGAAGACCUGCCGGAAUAAUAAAAAUGACUUUCCGAAAUUAAGUUUCUUCAGUUUGCCGAAGAAAAUGGAAAUUGCUCUGAAGUGGAUGGAAUUCGCAGGUCGUAAUGACAAUGACUUGGACAAAGAAUAUACUAUGUGCAGUGAACAUUUCAUUGAAAGUCAAUUUAAAACGGUUAUUCCACGAAAAUUGUUGUAUACAGGAAGUAUCCCAUGCAAUAAGGGGCCACAUGCGAUGAAGAGCGUUAAUGAAAAUGAUGCUUUGAAUACUGAUGGUAGUUCCUUUACAGAUAUCUCUGACGAAAUAAUCAUUCAUCAUAUAUUGAAUCCAAUUUUCUUUUUUUCCCUAUGCAGAAAGCAUUCCUUCCAUGAAGGGGCCAUGUGCAAUGGAGACAGAUAUUGAAAGUGGUACAGCAAAUACUGAUUGUAGGUCUUCCUAAAUAUUUGUGAUACAAAUAGUUGAACGCAAUACUUUACUACUUUACAGUACCUCAUAUUGAAUUAAUUUCUUCAUCAUAUAUAUUAGAGUACUUGUUC